AUGGACUAACCAAGACAUGUUUUCAAGAGAGUAAAGGAGCGUUCUAUAAUGGAUGCUAAAUAAAGUGUUGAUGAAUGGCGAAAGUUAUUCAAGAAUGGCGAAACUGAUCAAAAUGGAAAUAAGAUUAAAUACAGUCUUAAAUAGGCUGCUGAGAAGGUUGGUGUACCAAAAAAGACUUUAGAAGAUUAUCAUUAGUUAUUAAAAAAAGCUGAGUAAUUCCUCGACUUGAAUGAAGUCGGGAAUUAAAAGAUGGGUUAUUUGAGAGGUUUUUUAAAAUGUAAACAACAGCAACAAACGGGAUCAGAUAUUUUGUCAGGCAAGGAUUAAAAUAUCGACAGCAGUGACUAUAUGGAGGAAGAGGAUGAAUUCAAGCAGCAAUAAUAAUAAUAAUAAUUUCAUUAUGAAGAGAUGAUAGUGGAGGGAGAUGUGCGUUGUUAUUACAUGGAGGAUUAAUCUGACUUCAUCUAAUAGCAUGUUCAAACUGUCGUGAUCCACCAUUAACUAAAUUAUGAUAAUAAAUUAGAUAUUCCGUACGGCGAUUGCGAUGAUUGCGAUGAUUUCGAUGAUUGCGAAACAGAUGAUGAAUUUGAUAAUGAAUGA